UAACUACUACAUAGGCAUCUGGUACAAAACAAUUCCAGGCCAAACUGUAUUCUGGGUGGCGAACAGAGCAACACCCAUCUCCAACACCUCCUCUGCCGAGUUCAAAAUCUCAGAAGAUGGCAACCUAGUCCUCCUCAACAGUUCCACAAUCCCAGUUUGGUCAUCCAAUUCAACUCCAUCAACAUCGGAUUCGACAGUUGCAGUUCUUCUCGACACCGGAAAUCUUGUGAUAAGAAAUGGGUCAAACACUACAAUUUGGCAGAGUUUUGAUCACCCAACUGACACAUGGAUGCCAGGAGGAUGGCUUGGAGUUAACAAGGUCACAGGUGAGUAUCAGAGCAUCACUUCAUGGGAGAAUCCCGAGAACCCUGCCCCCGGGCUUUUCGCUGAAAGUAUGGAUCCCGAUGGAUCCAAUCAGUUUGUAUUGCUGUGGAAUGGUUCUGAAGUUUAUUGGAGCAGUGGGCUUUGGAAUGGCCAGUACUUCACUGCGGUCCCUACGACCAGUGCAAGUAGUCCCUUCAACUUCACCUUCACCGACAACAAGCAGCGGAAGUAUGCCAUGUAUACCAUCCUCGACAGUUCUUUCAUCACUCGGUGUGUGAUUGAUUCCUCUGGGCAAUUAAAGCAAUGGUAUUGGCUGAACAGCUCCCAGGAGUGGCAGACAGUCUUUACUCAACCUGUGGCCCAAUGUGAUGUCUACUCUCUAUGUGGCAUUUUUGGUAUCUGCGAUCAGAAAAGCACGGAUAAUAUUUGCAGCUGCUCCCCUGGUUUCGAACCAGCUUCAAUGGAAGAAUGGGAGCUCAAAGUUUGGAGCUCAGGGUGCGUGCGGAAAACCAGUUUGCGAUGCAGUAAUCAAAGCUCGGCUGGUGGAGAAGAGGAUAGAUUCCUUGAGAUGACCAAUACGAGAUUGCCUGCCAGUCCACAGAACUUGAAUGUUGGGAGUGCCGAAGACUGCGAACAAGCUUGCUUGAACAACUGCUCUUGUAACGCGUAUGCUUAUGUGAGUGGAUGCUUAAUUUGGACUGGGGACCUUCGGAACCUUCAACAACUCUAUGUUGGUGAUAGUGGAGCUGGUACUCUUCAUCUCCGGCUCGCUGCCUCUGACUUCCCCGGUUCAAGUAGCUCACAUAAAUUUGUAAUUGAUCUAACUCUUAGCGUCAUCGGUGGAGUUCUUGGGAUCUUGUGCGUUCUUGUAGGACUAAUUUGGACAUUUCAAAGGAGGAAACGAAUUAGGAUGUCAAAACAAGUUGAGGGUUCUGUGAUUGUGUUUACUUACAGCGAUCUGCAGCGUGCGACCAAGAACUUCUCUGAGAUGUUGGGCAGUGGUGGCUUUGGCUCUGUUUUUAAAGGGACAUUAGUUGACUCAACCGAUGUAGCUGUGAAGAAGCUUGAAGGCUUGAGACAAGGUGAGAAGCAAUUCCGAACCGAAGUGAGCACAUUGGCUGCUAUUCAACAUGUCAAUCUGGUUCGCCUUCGCGGCUUCUGCUCCGAGGGCAGCAAAAGGCUUCUGGUUUAUGAGUACAUGUUAGGAGGUUCCUUGGACUCCCAUCUCUUUCAAAUCAAUUCCACAGUUCUCGACUGGAAGACGAGGUAUCAAAUUAUUCUUGGGAUUGCGAGAGGAUUAGCCUACCUCCAUGAGAAGUGCAGGGAGUGCAUCGUACACUGCGACAUAAAGCCAGACAACAUACUUCUAGACAAGGAUUUCUGCGCAAAAGUUGCAGACUUUGGCAUGGCAAAGCUCAUCGGUCGUGACUUCAGCAGGGUAUUGACAACCAUGAGGGGAACCAUUGGCUAUCUCGCGCCUGAGUGGAUCUCAGGCCUACCAAUCACCUCCAAAGUGGAUGUCUACAGUUUUGGGAUGAUGCUCUUUGAGUUGAUAUCAGGCAAGCGAAACGCAGCGCACUCUGAGGAUGGGAAUGAAAUCUUUUAUCCUUCCUGGGCUGCAAAAAAGAUCACUGAAGGCGACAUAUUUAGCUUAUUGGACCAUAGAUUGAAUGGUGCUGCGGACAUUGAAGAGCUAACCAGAGUCUGUAGAGUUGCUUGCUGGUGCAUUCAAGACUCUGAAGGUCAUAGGCCAACAAUGGGACUGGUGGUGCAGAUCCUAGAGGGAGUCCUUGAGGUGAGCAUGCCGCCACUUCCCAAGGCUCUUCAACUUCUUACCGGAGAUCAGAGCCAAAUUGGUAAUCAAUUGCCAUCCGCUGAAUCCAAAGAUCCACUUGAUCAAUCUCAGGAUUUCUAUCAGUAAAGUCAAGCUCUAAAGGGCGCGCAUAUGAAUCUCUGCUGAGCAUGUCGAUGAUAUGUAACGGGUUAAAGUAGAGCUUAUAGGUGUCAUCAUCCUUAAGAUGGAUGUUCAUAUGAGGGGUUGUAAUGUUCAGUAGUGCUGUAGUCUCUAUUUAGUCGCAUAAAUGAGUUUCCAACUCAUUAGUUAUAAAGAUAUGUUAGAUACAUGAGUAAGCUGUCAACUACCUGAUGUGCCUCUUGCUAAAGACAAUGUUACGAAAUAUUCUUCUAAUCUAUUUAUCUUCA